AUGGGGGCCCUGAGUGCACUCAGCCCCUCACUUCCUUCUUCCUCCCUCCCCAGGGUGCUGCAGCAGCAGAGGAAGGCGGUGAGGCUGCGGAGGCUACGGAGGGAGCUGGAGCCCGCGGGGCCCCAGCGCAGCCUGAGCUGGCAGGCCAUGGAGCAGAUCCGGUACCUCAGGCAGGCCUUCCCCGAGGAAUGGCCCGUGGCCCGUCUGGCCCAAGGUUUCUGCGUCAGCACGGAUGUCAUCCAGAGGGUGCUGAGGAGCAAGUUCUCUCCCCCGCUGGAGCGAAGGAUGAAGCAGGAUGCCAAGGUGUUGGGUAAACAGGGGAGCCGGGAGCAGCAGCCUGGUCCAGAGCGGAGAGCUGAGCUGGUGGCCAUCUCUGCAGGAGAAGCAGCACAGUCUGGAGCCCUUCUCGCGCCUGGGGGCCCAAAACCCCAGAGAACUCCGCAGCUUUGGAGAGCUGGGGCGAGGCAAAACAGAAGGAACGGCCAACUGGAGCCUCUUCAGGAGGACGGAACCAAGCCUGUGGCUGGGAUGGAAGCCACCCUCAUGAGAAACUCUUGGGCAGGAGGAGACGCUGAAGAGUGGGAUGGCGAGGUCCUGAGUGAGGAGGAGCUGGCCGCAGAAGGCUGGGGCGCCGGCACCAAAGUGAUGCAGAGAGGACAGGACUAUUUUGACAGCAGUGGGAAUUUCUUGUAUAGGAUCCCAGCUAGACUAGCCCCUGGGGAGGGGGAGAACAACAUGCAGCCCUUCCCCCAGUCUGGUGGUGAAAAGAGUGGGUAGGGGGUGGGUGGGCUUCUCUUGCUGUCGGCCUGCCCAGGGCGUGGGGUUGGCUCAUGUUGCUGUCCUUUCC